CAUACCCUAAAGAUCAUAGCGCCGAUCCAAAAAGAGCUAAUUAAACAGUCUUAUAUCAUUUUAUCUAUCCUCUUUUGGAAAGAAAAAUGGAGUUAGCCUUGUCAAAUUGUCAUAUAAAUAUAGCUAUCCUAGCCCAGUAUCCUUGAUGCACCUCCAUUCACAAAAUCAAAAAAGAUGGGAAAGACUCAUCAAUAAGAAGUACAUCUGACUCAAAUCUAUGUAAGUUAUAUUAAUUCAAUUGCAGAUUCUUUUUCUUAAAUUUACAUAUAGGAAGAAGUUAGUAAAGAAAGGAAAACAGGGGAAACCUGCUGCUCCCUCUGGGUCAGAUGUAAAAUGGAGAGGGAUACAAGGGGCGUGCUCAUUUGCGUCAACAUUGGGUUUAAUGCUGGAACUAGCAACGUAGGCCCUGGUGCUGGCGGUCUCAACACUGGCCCUGGUUCUGGAUCCAUCAACGCUGGUAGCAUUAACGGAGGAGUUCAAUUUGGGUUGCACCUGAUGACCAAGGAAGAAAUAAGGAAAUAUCUCCUCAAAUGGGAUAAAAGCGGGAAUGGCGUCCUCAGCAAGCAAGAGAUAAAGGAAGCAUUGCACAGCUUGGGUAGCUUUUUCCCUGGUUAUAGGGCUCAGAAAGCAAUGGCAGUUGCAGACAAGGACCGCGAUAGAUAUGUGAACAUGAACAAUCAUGAGUUUGAAGCACUCAUAGAUUACGUUUACGACCUUAGCGUCAUAGUUUAAGUACUUAAGCUUCAUCCGUGUAUGAAUAAUUAGUAGUUAUUGAUAAAGAUAAUAUAAGAUAUAAUUUAUG